AUGGAAUUGGCUCAUAUUGAGGAAAAGAUCACGACACUACGUGGAGCUUUUGAUGGAAAAGAUACGAUACAAACUCAUGGAUAUACUCAUAUGUGGCAAUUACAGACGUCCUAUGAAGCAAAACUUGCAGUUUGUGAGGCACUAAAGACACAAUUAGAAGAAAGGAAUGCAACGUCAGGACUCUUUUCCAAGCAGGAACUGCAUGAGAUACGAGAGUUUGCAAUGAAAGUCAAAAAGAAACAGAUGUAUCGAAAGCGAUCAAAGCAACGACGACGUGCUGAAGCAAGUAGUCAAACAGAAGAAAAACACUUGAACGUUGUAUGUCAAGAUGUGGAAUCUAUGGACAAUGAUGAACGAGUGAAGAUGUUGGAAGAGAAUGAGUUUUCUUGUCGUCAUGAAAAUGCAGAUGAUUAUUCUGCAGAACGCUCUGCUUCUACGCAACAGAUGGAGAAUGAUGGAUCAAGCAGUGAACGCAGCUUGUUCAAGUCGUCGUUUGAUCCAGACGCAUUGACAAUGGACGCUUUGAUUGCUGUGCGACGAGCUUGGGACGCAUUCAUUGUUUUACCGCAGACACCAGGAGCAUCUGCGAUUCCUCCGCAUUUUGUGCCUCCACCACCUGCGCCGUCUAUACAAUGGGCUGUGUAUGUUGCUAUCCCUGCUAAUUCGGGUACUGAAGGCUAG